GCGCAACCGGGGGCGGGGUCCUGCGCAGAUGCUGGUUCCGGCUGUGGCUCCCGGGUCGUGAGCUCGUGGUGGGCGCCCAGAUUUUAGAGAGCAGAAAAGUUAAUUCCUUUCUUGCUGUUUCUCUGCUCCGGAGCACACCCAUUGUUUUCAAGAUGGCUGAGGCACCUCAAGCACCCCAGCGGGGAUCUGUGCGCAAGGCGAGACCACUGGUGGUGAAGACAUCCUUGAACAACCCGUACGCCAUCUGCUGGAGCACCCUGCAGAGAGAGGACAUGUACUUCAUACUGCAGACUAUCGAAGACAGAUUUGUGUCUGUUGGACUUCAGAAAGUUGAGGACCACAAGAAAAGGAGGAAGCAGAGCAGAGAAAGAUGCAGCUCAGGGGUUGAUGGAAGUGAGGGUCCCAAGGAGAAGCCUGAGGCUGGCCAGCAGGUGUCCGGGUGGUCACCCUUGCACAUCAGGAGGCAACUGGCUAUUGGCGUCAACGAGGUCACCAAGGCCCUGGAAAGGGGUGAGCUGCUCCUGGUCCUGGUGUGCAAGUCUGUCAAACCCGCCGUCAUUACUUCCCACUUGGUCCAGUUGAGCUUAAGCAGAGACGUUCCCGCCUGUCAGGUUCCCCGGCUCAGUGAAAGAUUGGCCCCCGCCUUGGGAUUAAAAUGCCUGCUGGCCUUGGGGUUCAAGAAAAACACUGCCGACUUCGCUGAGCAAGUGAAAGCCAUCCUCCCCAGGGUGCCCAGCUUGUACGUCCCAUGGUUGCCGGACAGACUCGGAGCUGCUGAAGAUGGUGACACCGAAUCCUCAGAAAAUCAAUACAAAGAGAGUUUGGAAACUUCAUCUGAAGACCUGGGAAAAUGCAAGAGAAAAUCUGUGGAAGGGAGGGAGGCUUUCUGUGUCGCCUUGCAGCCCCUUAAAGUGAAGAAACUCAUUCCUAACCCUAAUAAGGUUAGGAAGCCACCCAAAAAUAAGAAACCCACUUCAAAGUAAUCCCAAAGGAAGCUUCAUUCCCUAGUAGGAAUUGUUCAUUCAUACCUUAUUAGGAAGCACUAAAACAAAUGCAGUGUUACGUACUCUUCGGAUGUAAUGUUAUUUAUGCAGCCUUAGGAUGUAACAAAGGAUGUAAUAAAGUGUUGGUUACAUAUUCACAGGAUGUAAUAAAACAAUAGUUAUGUAUUCUUA